CAAAACCCAUUCAUGUUGUCGUUUAGCGAGUUGUUAAUCGUACACAUCCUUAGCAACACACUAGAUUAUCUUAAAAACAUUAUUUUUGGAAACAAACAUGUUAAAAAAUAAACUAUGCAGCCUGACCGAACUCCAUUGAAAAAUACGCAAAUUUUUUACAUGAUACCAAUACAUGCGAGGAAUGGACUAGACGUUUAUAGCCGUCAAUGACAGCUAGUAAGUCAAUUUAUGAUAUUACAUUAAAGCCGAUUGGACAGUAGGAAGGUUAUUGAUUUAUUUCCAAAGUUUCAGUGCGGUAGCUCGAAAUACGCAAAAGACCCGUCCGUCCUCAUCCUCGGCUCCUCCCUCGCGGUGAUGAACGCCGCUUUGAAAGGCAAGAAGCGCGUGGUCCUACCCAGCAGACCUUCACCGCCCAGCGUUGACCACAUCCUGGAAGACGUCGGCGCCGCUGAGCCCGACGACCCUGUCUUCUCCAUCCUCCACGAGCAGCCACAACAAGCGACGGAAGCGGGCGAGGCGGAGCGGACCUUCCGGCAAUGUCGACGCCACGCCGACGUCAAGCGGCAGCUGCGGGAAUCGGAGGCGGUCCUUACGGGUCGGCGAGAGCAGCUGACGGCGGCUGGCCGGCGUCUUGACCGCCACGUGGCCCAAGUCAAAGGUGGACUUCCAUGAGUUUGGCGCCGCCCUGCUGGCUGAAAUGAAGUCUGGUUCUGCGCUCACACUUGACGACUAGGUGAACCCAACAAAAGGCGGAGCUUGUAUAUUCAGUUCCUUACGUUUGUGUUGAAGAUAACUCAAGAACGAAUAAAGGGAUUAUGAAACUCUCA